CUACCGCCAUGGAUGGCAUGGAGCGGUUCGCGUGUCCUACACCUGAUGUGCAGGGACGAUAUCGCUGCAUAGACGAUCACGUGCUAUGCGACGGUUUCAUCGAUUGUCCGGAAGGUGAAGAUGAAGAUCGAAGAUCGUGUAUGUUCUACAAAACGGUUAAAGCUCACCUAGAUGUUUUGGCGGAUGCGCUGCUUCGCUGGGCGCGAGGGCGUUAAACAACAACAAAAAAACCAUACACGUAUUAAACACAACAUAAACUCGCCUUCCUAUGCAUAAAUGCAAACAGAACAAAAAAAAAAAACAAAAAACACUACACACCAGAAGCAACAUAAAUAGAUAUGUGGCUGCUAGCAUUCACAUGUCGAACACAUAAACAACGACCAACACCACCGCAGCUAAAUUGAAAGCGCAAAAGUACACGACAAACACAAAGCGCCAACAAACCGAAAGUCAAAUAACAAAUUAUUCCCGCAAAAUCAUACGGACGGACACUAAAACACAUACACACACACAAACUCCUAAACGCAUGGUCGCAUAUCAGAGAGAGAGGGAGAGAGAGAGAACAACAGCGAGUGUGAAAGAGAUGGCAAGCGAGUUAGAGCGAGCAAGCGUGCAAAGUUGUAGUACUGAUUGUAAAAAGCUGUAAAAGUAUUGUCAAAAUAACGAAAUACUAGAGAAAUAGGAAACAAAAACCAACAAAAAAAAAACACAAAAAUAAGUAUAACAACUGAAGACAUUAAUUGUUAUUAGCGAUAUGUGUGGCAAGCAUGUGAAAUGCUAACCAAAAAAACCAAUUCAUAAAAUAGUUGUGAAUUGAAAUGAGCGUCUGCAAAAACCCCAAAUGAAUGCCAGCAAAUGAAAACUUAUGUAUGUAGUAGUAAAUGUUUAAUCAACUAGCAAAAAGCAAAGUGUAAGGAAUACUUAAUGUUAUACAUAUGAAUUAUGAUUACAAUUUUGAUUACUUAUUACUUAAUGAAAAAACAAUUACUAUAACUUAACGAUUAUUAAUUAUUAUGAUUAUUAAAAUUUAUUAUAAAUACAACUAUAAUUAAUAUUAAAAAAAAACCUACUAUUAUUAAUAUUUAAACAAAAGGAAAUUUUUCAAAAAUAAAUAAAUAAAAACAGCCAUAAUUAUAAAUAAAUUAAAUUGAAUUAACUGAGAUGUGGCAAAAUAUUUUCGACAUUUAUGUAAUUACUAAAUUAAAUGAUUGUAUAAAAAGUGUUAAUAUAUAAAAAACAAAAAUCAAAUGUUAAUUAAAUAUACAACAGUAAUUAAUAAAAUAACCGAAUACCAAAGAAUACGACGGCAGUUAGGUGUGAGUGGCGCUACGCUUUAGCAUAGCAAACGAAAAGUUUACCCACCCCAAAGUCAUGAGCUUUAGCAAUUGUGUCAAUUGAAGUAAUGGCUUACGUAUAUGUUGUUAAUUUUUUGGAAAAAAUGCAAGAAUGUAUUACUCCGAAAGUUUUCCAAAACUCCGAAUUAUUUUUUUCAAAUCUUCAAUUUUAGUUUUACGCAAAAAUGCAAACACGUCUAACUCCGAAAGACUCCGAAUUCCAAUUUUCUAAGUGUGAUUGUGUUAUUUUGCGACAAUUUUUCAAAACUGAAACAAAUUGCGCAACUGCGAAAAUAUUGCUGACCCCAAAUAUGUACGAAUGUUUAAAAACGUUUCAAUAUCUGCCAAAAAACGAGUUUCUUUGUUUUCGAUUUUCUAAAAGAUUAUUGUAAUAAUACAGUAAUGUAUGGAAAAUGCAUGCUGUUAGCAGUUUGCUUAUUUAACCAAAGCGUUAAUUGUGUUACUUUAACAAAUUCGGAGUAAUGCUUAAUAUUUAGUCGAAGUUCACAAUAAACAAAAAACGAGUAAUAUGUCGUUUCUGAAGCUUACAGAAAUUUAUAAUAUACCACUUCGAAUCAACCCUGAAAAAAGUUUACCAAUUCUGUCACUUUGUACAUUAAAUCAUUCUCAAACAGCAUUGCAGUUAAAAUAAGAGUAAAUUUUUAAACACUAAAAACUAGAUUUCGAAUAAUAAGUAGGUGAGGCGUAUGCUUUUCAAAAUUAUACUUAAUGUUUUCAGAAUUUUGUUUAUAAGCAGGUUUUUAAAUUUUUUCGUUGGAACUUGUUUGUUCAUAUUAAUGAAAAGCUUACAAUAGAUAUAUCACACAAUUUUAAAACUCCGAAAAAAGAUUUUGUUACUCCGAAAAAAAUGUUAUGCCUGGUUCUUUUAAAAUAAAAAAAAAUGCAAACUCCGAAAAUUUUAUGCACUCCGAAAUUUUUUCAACUUUAAUUCAGUACAUCUUGAUAUAAAAACUGAAAUUUCACAAAUCGUUCCACUAUCAGUUGUAAAACUACGGUUAAUUUUCGAACUCCGAAAAAUUUUUUGGCAUCAAAGUUGCGUAAAAACAAAUCAAAGUUGCAAAAUUACGCAAAAUUCUAGAAUGCGGAAAAAGUUUUGACACUCCGAAAAGUUGUAUUUAAAGAAAAAACAAUAUAUAAAUUCUUUUCUAGUUUUAGCGCUAUGAUACCUUUAUAUAUUUGUAUACAUUUUUAUUUUUUUAAGCUUCCUAAGCAAUACCUAUACAUAUAUUUCACGGUGUGCCAGAAAAAAUUGUGGAUUCCACAACAAUUAUUUAACUUUUCAUACCUUCUUUUGUGCGCGCUAUCGCUUCGAAAAUAUCACCUGCACUAGGCGCAUGACUUGUGCUCAAACGCAACGCACGCUCACACCUACCGAAAGUAAUACAUACAUACAUACAUACAUACAUAUGUAGUAGUAUUGAAAUAUGUAAAAUUAAAAAUUACAACUCGUUAGCAUUGCAGGUGUUAUUCUAUAUACAUGUACACAUAAAUAACCUAAAAUAUUUAAAUAACGGCAUAUAUAUAUGUAUACAUAUAUAAAUAUACAUGCGAGUAUAUAGACAAAUAUGAAAAUAUAUACUACUAAAGCGUAUAUUAAUAGUGAGAGUCAUGCAAACAGACAAACAAAUAUACAUACAUAUAUAUAAGCAAACAAGUUACAAUAGCAUAAAUUGUGUGGGCAAUGUAUUACAAUAAAUAAGAAUGAUAACGAAAAUAAUAUACAUACAAACAAAUAUUAUAUAUAAAAAAAAAUUACAAAACAACUAUAAAAACACAAAUACAUGAAAGACUAAAUAUUACUAAAAGUUAUAAGUGAAAUUUAUGAAGUAAAUAAA